CUUAGAAGGAUCGUGCACUGCUAAUAUCCCUAUCGCUGCCUUUACUACAAGUUAUGCACGGCUGAAACUUUUGGAAAUGCUGGAGCUGUUAGGAGAACGAGUACUUUAUUUCGACACUGAUUCCGUUAUUUUUGUUCAGCGGUCAGGUGAGUGGCAGCCACCAACAGGUACGAUGCUUGGAGAAUGGAGCAACCAGUUAGAAUCGGGAGAGAGUCAUAUUGUCAAGUUUAUUUCUCUGGGGCCCAAAGUUUAUUACUACGAAACAGAUACAGGAAGGGUAGAAAGCAAAAUUAAAGGCUUCACUCAAAAUGGAUAUACGGAGAAUAUCCUGACCAAUUCUGGGGAAGGACUGGUUCAGACAGGUCAGAGUAUGGACUACAGCCUUUGGAAAUCGCUCUUGGAAAAUGAUGACCAAACGCUGCGCGUUGUAUAUCCCGAAACAAUCAAGAGAAAUGUCAACACUCAUGAAAUUAGCACCGUUCAGCUGACGAAAACUCUCAGACGAGUAUACGAUAAACGGAUGCUAAUGGACGAUUAUAGUACUUUACCGUUUGGAACUCGCAAGGACUAGCGGCCCAUAUUCGAAGGGAUGCGCAUGGACAUGAUGUCGCUGGAGCAAGUGUCGCAGUUCCGC